CCCCCCUUCUGCUUUCAUCUCCUGCCUCCCGCUAAGCUCUGGGUGUCUGAGCUGCGCUGCCGCUGCCCAGGCGAAGCGGGAGUCCCCAGGCGAACGCUGUGCUGUAGCUGCUAGAGCGUCUGGGCUUCAGCGGGGUGAGCAAGGCGGGCUAGGUCCUGCAAGCAACCCUCCCAGCUCGCAGCAGCGGCUUACAGCUGCAGGAGUGGGAGCUCCCUUAACCCUUUCACGUCUCCCCUUGGCUGGAGAGAAGCGGCGAAUGAAGUGAGGAUGAUUAUCCGGGUGUUCAUCGCAUCCUCCUCCUGCUCGGUGGCGAUAAAGAAGAGGCAGCAAGAUGUGGUACGAUUUCUGGAAGCCAACAGGAUAGAUUUUGAAGAGGUGGAUAUCACAAUGUCGGAGGAACAAAGACAAUGGAUGUAUAAAAAUAUUCCUGAGGAAAGACAGCCUGCACAGGGCAAUCCACUGCCACCCCAGAUAUUUAAUGAUGAUCAGUACUGUGGAGAUUAUGAUUGCUUUUUUGAAGCAAAGGAAAACAACACGGUCUUCUCCUUUCUAGGGCUGAAACCUAGGUUGGCAUCAAAGGAGUCAGAACCCUAGAAAAAUUCUUUGAAGAUUCAACAAGCACAUCUGGAUGAAAAACCUUGUUCAGCACAUGACUGCUUUCCUAAUGGAUCACUGUGAUAAAAAGCCAAUGCGAAUCAUCAAUAUUUUGCUUGCCAUGGAAGAGGUGCUUUCCAAAGGUGUGAAAUUAAUGUGUACACAAAAUGGGAUAAAGGGUGAGAUGAUACUCCUUUUUUAAAAAAAAUGCCCACUCUUGAUGUUUCACAUUUGUCUAUAGAUUACAUUUUCACUGGCUUUGGUAUUCUAGCAAAUAAUCUGUUUAAUUCCAGGAUGUUGAGGAAUGGAAGUGUAAAAUCUGUAUGGUCAUGGAAGGGGAUCUGGCAAGAAUGUGAAUCCUUUAUAAGUCUUCAGCUACUGCAGUCUGGAUAAAAUUAGUUUAUCAUGACAGUUAUAGUUUUGAUGGUUAAUAGAAAGUGGUGCUAGUUAUGAUACAGAAGAUGAAAAACAGCAUGAAGAACUUGGUUUAUGCCAAAAACUGCAGAUUUCUGCUCAGUAUAUUUACUGUGCUGUCUAUGCUAGAACAUGUUUAUAGCAAUAUAUGUGGGCUACUAAGCUCUCUCAUAAAAAAUUCACAUUACAAUUGGCUGUUAAAAAACAGUGGUUAAUGGGGAGGGGAGAGAACUCAAACUGAUGCUGUCUUGACAUCUAUGGGUUCUCCCCCCCCCCCCCACUGCAAUAAAAUUGGUCUGUUGAUGUGUUUGAAAACAAUUGUUUUGCUGGCAAGUACACUUUAACAUGUGAGGUGCGUGUCAAACUCGUGCGUAUAGCAGUUGAAAAGACAUCAUACAAAGCCAUUACAUAAUAUCUGUUAUUUGGGUAUGACUUUCCACCUCAAAUUUUAGAGCUCAUCAUUUGGCUGUUUUAAAAGAUUUCCAAAGUUAUGGGGCUAAUUCUGCUUCCCUUAAUCACUUUCAAUAGAAUUCAACUCUACCAUUAGCCCCAUUGAUGUUGGUAGAACUACUUUUAGAGGUAGGGCUCGAUCUUGCAAAUAACUUAAACACAGCAGUUGUCCUCAUGAUUUGAAGGUGAAAUCUGUUAGACAAUGGCAUUGCUCACAUGCUUAAAGUAAAGCUUGUGUAUAAAUGCUUUGCUGGAUAAGGCCACAGUAUCUGACCCCUUGCAUCAGUUACUAUUCAGUGUGAAUAAGGGAAGCAGAAACUGCCCUGGGGAUUACCCUGAUGUAGCAGAGCCCAGUUUGGCUAUGUAUGACUUAACUAUUUUUAAAAAAUUGAAAUUUUGAGAGUAGACUGUUUAGCAAAUGGAUUGUCUGUAAUCUAGUCUAAUUGCGUUUAGCAAUGGGAAUCCCUUUGCCCUGUUAAAAUAACAGCUAUUGAACUUCAUAAAUGUAGCUUCUGCUCAACUAUGGCAGCUUUCUUCCAAAACAAUUUGAUGGUCAUUUGACUGUGCUAUUCCAGUAAGUAUUCUGGCUUUGCUGGGCAAAUGGCAUAUGGCCGCAAAGUGUGGGGGGGCAGCUUUCCUGCAGUCACCGGAAUGCCUGGGCUAUAUUUGGUGGUGGCUAAGACGCCUGUCAGAUACCUGUGUGCUGGAAGACUGUUUUUUCUCGUAAGCAUGCAAGUGAGCACACAGGUGACCCACUCUCGAUAUAGUGACUCUCCUAUGUGUAACAAUUUCCAUGUGCUACUAUAACAAGUACAGUAGUUUGUGAAAUUGGAAGACUGCUGACUCAGGUCAGAUGUGAAUAGAGGCACAGGGAUAAUUCUGCAGGACUGACAUCCAUAGCUCUGUCAACUGUUACUGCUUUGUGAAGAGAGGUGGUUUCCCUUCACUUAACUAGCAUUGUCUCAGUUUACACAUACUCCACUGAGAACUCUGCUGGCUGUGUUUGUAUUAAAAAGAAAA